AUGGCGGACAGUGGUAAACAUUCACUGCCCAAUCUGAAAAUUUGUAUCGAAAAUGACGAGGAGACAGACAACGAGGAUAUUUCUUUUAGUGAUAAAGACGAUUAUUCUUUCAUCGAUGAACCUUAUUCCCAUCGGGUUGAGUUCAGUAUUAGGUUAAACAACAAUGAAGGACCUCAAAAGUUUGAGACCAAGAAGUACGGCAACAAAGAUGGUGAUUUUCUUACUGGUAUUGAUAUCACACAGAAGGAAGAAGCAGAGAAACGAGAAGAACGUGCUCGGAGAUUUGGUUUGGAAGACACAAGUCAGCAGGUGGACGUAGCUGCCCUCUACAGUAGUUUGGGAAUUCGUGAGGAAGAUGUUCCGAAAGAUGAACGAGGCAUCAGAUUGGAAGCAGUACAUAUACGGGGAGUGAAAAACAUGAGCACCAAAGAUGUCUUUGAGUAUUUCCAGGAAUUUGCACCGUCCAGUGUGGAAUGGAUUGAAGACAAUUCCUGUAAUGUUGUGUGGGCUGACAGUAUUAGUGCUGCACGUGCCUUGACUAAACUGAGCAUUAGUCAGGAGAGUCUGGUAUCUGCAGGGCUUGGCCAAUCACUGCCUGAUGUUAGCCAAAAGAAUCUUGGGAAGGAAACACAAACAAAAGAAGACAUGGAUGAAAAUAGCAAUACUUCAAUUGUUUCUUCAGCUGCCUCUCGGGGGGAUGGAAACAGUUUCUCCUUGGAGGUUGAGGGUGAGGCUACCAGUUCAGAACCUGUGGAAAUGAACGAACAACCAGCUGACCCCAAAAGUGAUGGAGAAUUAUCAAGCUCAGAAGAUGAAGCUGACACGGAACAAAGUGGAGAGAAAAAAGACAAAUCUGGUGGUGUUGGAGUGACAGCAUCUACAAAAUCCACGGCUGUCAUAGAUUCAAAUCCUAAAGACAUUCAGUGGCCCCCAGGGAAAUGGCGCCUUGGUAAAAGCUGUUGUCAUGCCACUCACCUCUUCAUGCGUUAUGCCACAAAAGCUGAUCGAAAAUUACCUGGAGCUGAAAAGAGGAGUCAGUAUUACAUGAAAUAUGGAAACCCAAAUUAUGGGGGAAUGAGAGGACUUAUCAGUAACUCUCGAAAGCGUAAAAUCCGUUCAGUGAAGAAUAAAGACGAGCCAAGCAGUCGGGGUCAAAAUGCAGAUGGUCAUCGGAGGAAGAACUCGUCAGGAUUGGAUUGUUCAGAUGCCUCAGAUUUAUCAGGCUCCGAUUCCUGUGGUGAGAUUGAACCCGCAUCCCGAGUAUCUCCGCCUCCUGCAAAACAGCGCAUGAUGAGAAUGUAUGCUGAUGAUAUUGAAGAAGAACUUAAAGCGAAAAGAUCUGGAAAACCAAGUGUGGCUCAUCGUAUGGGAAUUGGCCAUUAUGGGGGACAAGUGAAAGAUGCCCGAGAGCUUCUCUCCCGUUCCGAUGGCAGUCACCGACACUUGACCAAUGCUGACCAUUACCACCAGUACCACAAUGUCCAUGAUGAUGAUGAUGAUGAUGAUGUGGAGGAGGAGGAGGAGGAAGAGGAUGGUAACUACAGCUCCACCUACAGUACAAAGAGUGAUCUACGUGCCAAACUUGAGCGCAAAAGGAUGCAGCUAUCAUCAUCGUCAUCUGCAUCCUUGUCAUCUGCAUCUGGUCACUAUCCUCGUUUAAAGAUAGAGGUCUUGGACUGA